GUACCUGCAACAAUUUAACGCCCUCUGCGUCUCGGCCACGUCCAUACGAACGACGGCGAUAUGUAGGAACCUCUGCCAUCAUAUACUAUAACGUCACCCUGCCUUGACUUUACGAAAAGCAGUCACCAUGGAUGUGAUGAUAGGGAAACGAAGUGGCAAGGUCUUGACCAAAGAUUACGAGGAUGCAGAGUAUCUUGAGAAGCUGGAGCCUGUCGUCCAGCAACUGGAGGAGGAAUUGCCCGAUGCUGGCUUCGACGCCAAGAAGCUGGCAACGCUCGUUGCUCAGCUCAUGCAGUUCCAGGAGGAUACGCUUGGAAAAGAGUCAAACUUCAAGCGGCAGCCCAAGCUGCCCGCCUCCCUCCUCCGCGACACCAGCCCCCGGGGUGCGCUGUACGUCAUCGCGGCCAAGUGCGAUGACAUCAUGGCGGCCCGCGACCUCCGCCGCAUCGACUGGGCCAACCCGGCCAAGCGCAAGGAGAACAUGGAGAUCCUGCUGGGCAUCACUCGGGAGCUGGAGCAGGAGGGGCUGCUGCGGCACCCGGUGCUGGGGCUGGAGGGCGGGCUGGGUGCGGAGGCGGCGUGCAGGCUGGCGGAUGCGGCCAGGAAGAUGGGCGGCAGCGUGGCGGACAGCCCGGAUGACCCAAGGGUCACCCACCGCAUCUGCGCGCCGCCACCCGGCGUCAGUGAUGCGGGCCGCGGCAAGCCCCAGCAGAUGCGAACCCUGGAGGUCCGGGGCGACAUGGCCCUGGUGCACUGGACGCAGCUGCCGGACAGCUACGAUGAGUGGGUGCUGGCACGGCAUGCGCCGCCGCCUCGGCCGCCGCCCCCUGCGGAGCGCAGCAGACCCUGGAGGGUGUACCCCCGCUGGGUGAGGGACAGCGAGCUGUACAACGAGUGGAUGAACCCGGAGGACUAUGAGGCCGACACGCCCCAGCAGCCACAGCCCCAACAGCAGCCACCCUACCCGCAGCGGCAGCCUCAACCGCAGCAGCAGCAGCAACUGCAGCUGCAGCCCCCACAUCAGCAACCGCAGCUGACACCCCAGCAACCGCCGAUGCCCCAGCAGCAGCCCCAGCUGGCACAGCAGGCGCCACUGCCGGGAGCUGCUGCAGCGGCGCCCGCCCCUGCGGUUGUGAUGGCACCGCUGCCGGGGGGUCACCAGCAGGCCGGCGGUGCCGCACUGGGCUUGGGAGCGAGCGGAGGUGUGGGUGGAGGUGCAGGAGGCGGUAGCACUGGAGCGGGAGCCGCUGGGGGCGCAGCUGGUCCGUCGGCUUCCGUCGGCAUGGGGUCCCAACAGCAGCAGCCACAGCCACCCCAGCCGCAGCCACAGCCGCAGCCACCCCAGCAGCAACAACAACCCCAACUGCCGCCUCCGCAGCAGCUACAGCUGCAGCCACCGUCGCAACUCCAACCCCAACCAACUCCACAACCACCACCAUCACAGCAAAUGCAACAAGCAGGCUGGGGUCAGCUGACCUUGCAGCAAACACAGCAACCCCCACCGCACCAACUCCAACUGCCCCAUCAGUUGCAGCUACCCCACCAGCAGGCCGCAGUAGCAGGGGCUGCAGCGGCGAGGCCACCGGGGAUGCCUGGAGCCAUGCCUCCUCCGGGGUUUGGUCUAGCGCAACAAGCACCGGGGCUACAACCCAUAAGGCCUCCUGCACCCGGGGCCGGGGCUCCUCCUGCGGCUGCCGGCGCCGCGCCUGCUGCGCCGUCGGCUCCGGUGCCGUCCGCACCCCUGCCGACGGCUCCGCUCCCGGGCUCGCAGCGUGGCGCUGCACGUGCCGCAGCCGCAGCACGCGCUGCGGCGGCGGCGGCAGCAGCCCAUAAGGACGACGGCCCGGCUGCCAAGCGGCAGCGCGCGGAUACGUACACGAAGCCUGAGGUGGUGGAGGGUCAGGGUGUACGGAUAGCUGUUAAUGCCGUACGGCAGAGGGUGCUGGAUCCAACGAAACCGGCGAUAGAUCCCGCGGCUCAUGUGGAGAACAUUUCCCAGGGCCAGCUCGCCCCUCCGCCCGGCGCUCCCCCCAGCGCACCCCAGGCGCCCCCACCGCCCGGCGUCGUCCUGCCGCAACCUCCCCGGCCGCAACAACCACCGCACGGCACAACAGCUCCCGCAGCCGCCGCAGCUCCUGCUGCCCCAGCC